AUGACGACAGCUGUCACACAGGAUCGCCUUUGGAGCGCUCGAAUGUUGGCAGAAGAUCCUGCGGCAGUCACGCAAGUGCACGCUGCUUUCUAUGAGGCAGGGGCUGAUGUGGCCACUACAGCCUCAUAUCAGGCGUCCUUCAAGGGAUUCGAGCAGGCCGGCUUUGGCAGGGCCGAUGCAGAGGAGCUGUUGCGCAAAAGUGUACAGCUGGCAGACAAUGCCCGGCGCCUUUUCUGGAGUGAAGGGUCGGAGUUACAUGGGUGGCGGGCUAAAAGACUGCGGCCGCUGGUGGCAUUCUCAGCUGGCCCCUAUGGCGCAGCGCUGGCCGAUGGAUCGGAAUAUGAUGGCAGUUAUGCAGAGCGGGUCAGCGAGGAGCAGUUGAUGGACUUCCAUCGACAGCGGCUGCAGGCAAUUGUUGGAGCGCCCGGCGUUGACCUCAUUGCGUUCGAGACGGUGCCCUGUCUGAAGGAGCUGCGCGCAAUUUCGCGGCUGCUGUGUACUGAGCAGUUGGGGAUACCAGCCUGGAUAUCCUGCAGCGCCAGAUCUGGCACUGCCAUCUGUCAUGGAGAGGACCUUUUAGAGGAAUGCUUGCCUGUGAUGUGCGAGCCGGCUUCAGUGGUGGCAGUCGGUGUCAACUGCUUGCCGCCUCAGCUUGUGGACCCACUGAUCAAGCAGGGCCUCCCAACAAAGCUGUUGUUGGCAUAUCCAAAUUCGGGUGAGGAGUGGGAUGCGGCUGCCAGGGAUUGGAAGGGCAGCUCUGGGCUGGAGGUGCAGAACUUUGGUUGCAGUGCGCGCCAAUGGGCUGACAGUGGGGCCAGCAUCAUCGGCGGCUGCUGCAGAACUACGCCUGAGCACAUCAGGAGUGUCGCUGAGUGUCUGGCAGAUCCAUGA